CAGAACUUGAUGAAGGCUGGUGUGAUCAAAGAGAAAAAUAAACCAGUUUGGUUUGAUGUGAUGAAAGCUUUUCCACCUUUAGAAGAACCACUAUAUCUUAGAAAAAUUGACAAACGUCCACUGCCAAAUAUUCUUUAUCCAGAAGACAAAAUUAGAGCACAAUUUUACCAGGUAUAUGGUUCACAAGGUGCAAUUGAUCUAAAAAAUAAGACUUCAAUAGCACAAUCACUGUGUCAUAUAUUCAUACAAAAAUAUCAAGAAUUGGAAAAAAAAGAUGACGUUGAUUGUUACAGAUUAUUUAAUUUAACUGUAGAAGAACUUGCCAGGGAAGGACUUGUACUCAAAAAAAGGAGAAAAUAUUCAUUGCAAUCAAAACAAUCAGACAAAGAAAAACGAUUUCUUGAAACACAGCCUAUAAAAGACCCAAAAAUUACUGAUAUGAUAAAAAAAGCCUUACAGAUGGCAGAACAUGCAGAGAAGAAAGCAUCAAAUGAUGAAGUGAAAAUGUUUGAUACAAAUAAGAAAUCAUAGCAAAUGAAUUUUUUUUUUAUUUGUUGAUUAAAAUAGAUUAUUAAA